GCCAUUUUGUCAAUCCGAGGAAACCUUUCCCGCUCCCUCCGUCCGAAACCGACCCACUUACAAUAAUAAAUAAAUAAAAUCAAUAGUGGCAAGAACUUUUUACCAAAAAUCCUUCUGUUAUUUUUUUAAAUUUUAGUCUCUCAACCAUCCCAGCGAGGCCCCGGCUGCAGCCACAGCGGGGGCUGUGACAUGUCGAGCGAGGAGAGUUACAAAGCCAUCAUUCGCUACCUGACCAACGAGAAGGAACCUUAUGCGCCGGGGACCGAAGGUAACGUCAAGAGGAAGAUCCGCAAGGCCGCCGCCUGCUACGUGGUGCGGCGCGGAACCCUGUACUACCAGAAGAAGCGCAAGGACCGCGACGAGUUCGACGAGCUGGAGGUGGUGCUGGAGGCCAAGACCCGCCGGGAGCUGAUCGCCUCCUUCCACCAGAGCGCCGAGGGUUUCCACUUCACCCGGGAGCAGACCUGGAGGAACAUCUCUCAGAGCUACUGGUGGAGAGGUAUUUUUAAGCAAGUAAAAGACUAUAUCAGAGAAUGUAUUCAAUGCAAGGAGAAGGUCGAUCGGAACAAGUCUGUAUCUGCCGAUACAAUGGAAAUCCUGGAGCAGCUGGGAAUAGAUACUCCGAUGCUGGAGGAUAGCAAUGAAACUGAUGAUGAAUUGAGUAAUUCUGAGGGAAGAUCCAAUGUCCCUCCACGGCCUACCAGGAAAAAAAAUGCCCCAAAGCAAGAAUUGGUAUUUGUGGAUAGCAAGGGCCUUGUGAAACAGGAAUCUGAAAAGCACUGUCAAUUAGUGUUAGAGCAAUUGAACGUUCAGAGGCUAUUCAACCAGUUCUGUGAUGUCACACUCCUGAUUGAGGGAGAGGAGUACAAAGCACAUAAGUCCAUUCUGGCAGCAAGUAGCGAAUAUUUUCGAGAACUCUUCAUCGAAAAGGGGGCGCUUUCCAGUCAUGAAGCUGUUGUCGAUCUUUCAGGUUUUAAUAAGACAAGUUUUCUGCCAUUGUUGGAAUUUGCCUAUACAUCUGUCUUGGCAUUUGAUUUCUGCCACAUGGCUGAUGUUGCCACAUUGGCAAGACAUCUACUGAUGCAUGAAGUUCUGGAGAUAUGUGAGCAUGUACACAAGCAACUGGAGGAAAGGAAAAUUACAGUAUACCAAAAAGGAGAUGUGAAAACUCUUAAUUCCAGAGUCAACACCCCAGAUGUGGAGAUGCCUACAGAUGUUAAUACUUUGGAACAUCAGGAGCCUGAAACUAAUGAAAGUGCUGCUGAUGGCUCCAUAACAGUGGUACUUCAGGAGUCUGUACAAAUUCCUAUACCUGCUGAAGCUCCUCCAUCCAGUAUGGAAAAUGAGACCCUGAAUGAAGCAGUAAUGCAUGAAUCAGAAGAGGCACAGACAGCUGAAGAACUGACAGUUCAGCAAAGUCAAGGUACUGUGGAUUGUCCUGCAGAAGGCAAUAGUGAUGAAAGCAGCCAGGCUAAUGAAAAAACUGAACCUGUGGAGCCUAGUAUAAAUGUGCCAGAUGUGGAAAGCAAAGAGAGUAAUGCCACAGAUGUGACAGAAACUCCCACUGCUGAUGUACAGAUGGACACACCUGUUGUCAAUGGAAAUGAGAAUGAAAAUCAAGUCAAAGAGGAGUUUCUAGACACCCUGAGUAGCAAUGUGUCUGAUGUGCCAAAACGAAAGCGUGGUAGACCACCAAAAUUACAUGACAAACAGAAAGCUGGGAAAGUUGCUGUUGCUUCUUCUUCCAAAGGCCUCUUAGAUGAUACUUACAAAAGCAGAUUACGACAACGUACGCUGGCUGAAGGUGGAUACAUUCGGUUACACAAAGGUACUGAGAAGAAGCUACGGGCCAGAAAAACUAACCUAAAAUCUGCAACACAGCAGGUUGCCCAGAAAUUGGUGAAGAGAGGUAGAAAGAUGCAACCAAAACGAACCACCGUAGAGGGAGAUGAUGUAGAGAUGGAGCACAAAUGUAAUGAAUGUGGAAAGGCUUUCCCAAAACGUUACACCUUGAUGAUGCACAUUAUGACCCACAACAGAACCAAAGAAUUUAAAUGUCCGCUCUGUGAGAAAGAGUUUCUCUACAAAGCCUCUCUCCUUUCUCAUCUUCUACGGCACAAACGGAACAACGAGCAAAUAGAUGAGAGUCCUGGAGGAAGGACAAAGCGGCAGUUCAUCUGUGAUAUCUGUGGAAAAACAUUGCCCAAGCCAUAUAACCUACGACUUCAUAUGCUAAAACACACAGGCGUCAAGCCACAUGUGUGCAAGAUAUGUGGAAAGACCUUCGGCUAUAAACAUAGUUUAAGACUGCACAUGGCUCAUCAUGAAGGUAAAAGGGAAUUCAGUUGUGAAGUGUGUGAAAAAUCAUUUGCUACAAAACGCAGUCUUCAGGAACACAACAGUGUUCACACAGGUGAAUCUAAGUACCUCUGUUCAACUUGUGGAAAAUGUUUCAAACGUGCCUCUGGUCUUAGCAAGCACUUAAAGAGACAUUUGCCAAAGCCAGAAGUCAGAAGCUUUCAAUGCACACAGUGCGAACGAAGUUUUUAUGAAGCACGGGACCUGCAGCAGCACUUGUACAAGCAUCUCGGGGUGAAACCAUUUCAGUGUCAGAUCUGUGGGAAGUGCUACAGCUGGAAGAAAGACUGGUAUUCUCAUGUAAAAGCACAUUCUGUUACAGAACCAUAUAAGUGUAAUGUCUGUGGAAAAGAAUUCUUUGAGAAAGCUCUUUUCCGGCGACAUGUAAAGAAAGCCACUCAUGGCAAAAAAGGCAGAGCCAAACAGAUGCUGGACCGUACCUGUGAGCACUGUGGAAAGAAGUUUUCACAACUUAGAGAGUAUAGGAGGCAUAUGAACAAUCAUCAGGGAGUGAAGCCAUUUGAAUGUUUGACCUGCGGUGUAGCCUGGGCUGAUGCACGCUCUCUCAAGCGGCAUGUGCGAACACACACAGGAGAACGGCCUUAUGUCUGCCCAAUAUGCAAUGAUGCCUACAUCGAUGCUCGCAGCUUGCGCAAGCAUAUGACUAAGUUUCACAAAGAGAAUGUUCCUGGCAAAAUAAUGCUAGAGAAAGACACGCUUCAGUUUCACAAUCAGGGAACUCAGGUAGAGCACGCAAUCAGAAUCUUAGCUGCUGAUAUGAAAGAUGAAUUGGACAAAUCAGAUUUAAUUGGUGAAGAAAUUGAGACUGUCAUAGUGACUGGAGAAACAGUGGAAGCUGUUGAGGCGGUGGAAGCUGUUGAGGCGGUGGAAGCUGUUGAGGCGGUGGAAGCUGUUGAGGCGGUGGAAGCUGUUACUUCUGUAGAAUCCAUUGAAGCUGUAGGAGUUGAAAGCCAAGAUGAGUCAUUGCCCACAUUAACGGACCAUGGAAUUAUGCAGGUAGUCAACUAUGUACUGUUUCACCAGCAAGGACAGAAACUUACUGAAAUUGGUGAGACAGUGGAAGUUGAGGUUGCCCAUACUGGAGAGGGUGAAGAAAAUGCAUAAAAAAAACUGUCCUAAUAAUUAUUGAGAAUGUGCACGUUGUCUAGCACUGGGUAAGAUGGAAAUGUAUUUGUGUUAAAGCAUUCUUGCAGGCAAAUAACUAGUAAUGGUCCUGCAGUGGUUGGAACUAAAUAACUGGCAGUCUUUUAUAUGUAUAGGUUGGACUCUUCACUGAAUAAUAUUCAAAGGGGACAGGUUUGAGUUAUGAAUCAGAAGGUGUUUUGAACUUGUUAAUCUUUAUAUGAAACGAAAUGAGCUUGUCGCAUUCUGCAGUAAAGCAUAAACUUCCAUCCAUUUUGGAAGAAAUUGCAAUAUUUUUUUCCUUGCUUUCUUAUUUCAAGCAGUGGUCAGUUUGCAAAUAAAUUACUUCAAUAGAAACAGUCUUCUAUCAGUACUUUAUGUUGGAAAUCAGCUUUUGUAGAUUGCAACAUGUAAGCAUAUAGAUUUUUUUUUUAAACAGUACACUGAUUUAUGGAUGGAAACUGUGGUCUAAUGCCGUAAUAUGCUCAUUGUGGAAAGAAUGGGCUGGAGAUCUAACCUGUGAGCAUGGCUCCCCAUUGGGAGCAUGGGAGUGUGGAAUUGGCCCCAGUUACUAUUGUGGGUAAAUAUAUGGACAAGAAAUCGUUUUGUAAGAAAUCACAAAACUUGGAAUGAGUGGGGAAAGGAAAUUUAAUAAGCACAAUGUUUCUUUGAAGCAGUGGAAAAUAAAUGCUGGAUUUCCAAAUUCAGAAGUUUAACUUGGGGCCUUGUUAGGGUUAUUUAAGUUUUGGGUAGGUAUUUCUUCAGUUCAUGGUUUAAGAGUACAAAGGAUUCAAUAUUGUUACCACCAUAAAAUCAAUUAAGGGAGAAACUUCCAAGUGCUGUUGUCAUUUUUACAUAUUGCCAGUUGUACUAAAAUGACUUUAAGAAAGCUCAGCUUGAGUAUGUUUGAAAGCACCCAAAUGUUGUGUACAUUUUUCUGAGAUAUUCUGCAGAUUUAAGUUGAAAAAAAGGUGUUGUAAACCUGGAAACACUAAUCCCAGGUUAUAAGGAGAAGUUUGCAUUUCUGUCAAAUAGGAGGCCUUCAGUAGGUAUAUGGAGAUGAAAUGUAAUUUAUGUAAAUAAAUGUGCAUACAAAA